UCUGAUCCUUUUGUGAAAGAUUUAUCCUUUGAACUACGCUUUCGAUGAAGAUCGAAAAGUUCCAGCUACGAACUUUGAUGGCAGACAAUAAUAUUCUAUCCACACGUCAACGCCACGUGGUGAGACCCAAGAGCUUUGUCUGAAGUUCAAAUAACAACACUUCAGAUUUCAGAGUUCAGAGCUUUGCAGUUGAAGCUCUUAAUCCCAAUUUUUGCAACCAUGACGGUUUCUUCCUUCUUCAACAGGGCCUCCAGGGUUCUAAGCCCCUCCAAUUUUCUUUUUCUCUGCACUCUCAGUGGUGGUGGUGUGGUUGCGUACUCAGAAUCACAAACAGGAGCUGAACGUCCUAGUAUUCAAGCUACUGAGCCCUCCAAAAAGAAAGUGGUGGUUCUUGGAACAGGAUGGGCUGCUACCAGUUUCCUUAAGGAUCUGGAUGCAUCAUUAUAUGAUGUUCAGGUUGUUUCGCCGCGUAAUUACUUUGCAUUUACUCCCUUAUUACCUAGUGUCACUUGUGGGACAGUUGAAGCACGGAGCAUUGUAGAGCCAGUCCGAAACAUCAUUAAAAAGAGAAAAGGAGAAAUAAACUUCUGGGAAGCAGAAUGCAUCAAGAUUGAUUCUUCAAACAAAAAGGUUUUCUGCCGGUCCAAUAUUGACAACUUGGUGGGAAGUGGCGAAUUUUCCUUGGACUAUGAUUUCUUGGUUGUAGCAGUGGGAGCACAAGUAAAUACAUUUAACACUCCUGGUGUCAAGGAGAACUGUCAUUUUCUGAAGGAUGUUGAGGAUGCUCAGAGGAUUAGACUGUCUGUGAUUGAUUGCUUUGAGAAGGCUGUUCUUCCUAGUAUAACUGACCAAGAGCAAAGGUCAAUUCUUCAUUUUGUUGUAGUGGGAGGAGGUCCAACUGGUGUGGAAUUUGCUGCAGAAUUGCAUGAUUAUGUCCUAGAAGAUUUAAUCAAAUUAUAUCCAACUGUCAAAGAUAAAGUGAAAAUAACAGUGAUUCAAUCAGGAGAUCACAUCUUGAACAUGUUUGAUGACAGAAUAAGUUCAUUUGCUGAGCAAAAAUUUACAAGAGAUGGGAUAGAAGUUCAAACAGGAUGUCGGGUCAUCGGUGUUGAUGACAAGGUUAUUACAAUGAAGGAAAAAUCAACUGGAGAGGUUUGCUCAGUGCCCCAUGGAUUGGUUGUCUGGUCAACUGGCAUUUCAACCCUUCCAGUUAUAAGGGACUUUAUGAAAGAAAUUGGUCAGGCUGAAAGGCAUGUACUAGCAACAAAUGAAUGGUUGCGUGUGAAGGGAUGUGAAGAGGUGUAUGCCCUUGGUGAUUGUUCUAGCAUAACUCAACGUAAAAUCAUGGAUGAUAUCACAGCCAUAUUUGAGGCUGCAGACAAAAAUAAGUCAGGCACCUUAACUAUUGAAGAAUUCCAGGAGGUGGUGGAUGACAUUGUCUUAAGAUAUCCGCAAGUUGAGCACUAUCUAAAGCAAAAACAUCUGCGUGAUUUUAGCACACUAUGGAAAGAUUUGCAAGGGAAUGAAAGCAAGGAAAUAGGCAUAGAAGCAUUCAAGCUGGCCCUUUGUCAUGCAGAUUCACAGGUGAAGAGUCUGCCAGCAACUGCACAGGUUGCUGCCCAACAGGGUGCAUAUCUAGCUAGAUGCUUCAACCACAUGGAUCAUGCUGAAGAGAAUCCUGAAGGUCCUCGACGUUUUAGUGGAUCUGGACGCCAUAAGUUUCUGCCCUUUCGGUAUAGGCAUCUGGGUCAAUUUGCUCCACUGGGUGGGGAGCAGACAGCUGCAGAACUUCCUGGAGACUGGGUUUCCAUGGGUCACAGCACUCAAUGGCUUUGGUAUUCUGUAUAUGCAAGCAAGCAAGUGAGCUGGCGAACAAGGGUCUUGGUCGUGUCUGAUUGGACAAGAAGAUUCAUAUUUGGCAGGGAUUCAAGUCGAGUUUAAUUUCACAUCUUGGUUACCUCUGUUGAUUUUUGUAUCUAAUGUAUAGUGAUAUCAAUGUUGAUGGAACAACAUCCCCAUUGGAAACAAUUUUAUGAUCAACUGUUAUUGCAUUUUCGUUGAAUGUUUUUGUUUA